AUGGCCCGCCGAAUGGCCAUGGAUUUAUCUUCCGGAAGCCGGAGGAAUCUGCGCCUGGUCCAAGUGAGUUUGAGGCCGGCAACGUUGAUGCGCUGGCACAGGCCGCACAAACAGACAUACGGCACGCGUGCAGCUGUGGUGUGUGUGUUAAUGCCGCGAAGAGGCACUCUGUGCUGCGAAGAUUUAACUCAGCGUGACUGUCGAGGGUCGCGCUUGCCCCCUCCUGGAUCCGCCAGAAGAGGACGGGCCAUCGGCGGGCGAGUCACCGCAGCCAUCGCCUCCGACCUCGCCUCCAUCUCCCCACUGGGAGUGGGGUGUGAUGUGGUUGGAUGUGCGUAUGUGGUGGAGUGGGUUGAUGUGGUGGUAGUGAGUUUGUGUUGGGCUGUUGUGUGGUGUGGUGGCUGCUUGAUGUGGGUGUGUGAUGGGUGUGUGUGGACGUGUGUGAUUGGGGUGGGGUGGUGUGAUGUGGGGUUGUGUGAUUGUGGGUGUGUUGUGUGUGUUGGGUUGUGUGAGUGUGGGGUGGUGAUGUGGGUGGGGGUGUGUGAUUGGCGGGUGUGUGAAUGUGGCGGGGUGAAUGUGGAUGUUGGUGUGCUGAUGGGUGUUGUGAUGUGGGUGUGUGUGAUGUGGGUGUGUUGGGUGUGUGAUGUGGGGUGUGUGAUUGCUGGGGUGUGUGAUGAUGGGGUGUGUGAUGUUGGGGUGUGUGAUGUGGGUGUGUUGAUGUGGGGUGGUUGA